UUGUAUAGCAAAGUAAGAAGAGACAAAAUGUCUAAAACGUCAGUUUUCACGUUUGCUGAUGUGUGUCUGAUGAUCCUGUGUCCAGGCUGUGCUCUGUGCAGACUCAGCGAUGAUGACCCCGCCAUAUAUGGGGAAAAGGUUACACUCAAAGAACACAAGCUGUCAGUCCAUUACUUCUGCUUGUUAACCUCUUGUGGAGUUUACCAGAGAGGUGAAGAGGAUGAAGGUGUCUUUGGCUUCCUGGUUGAUGACAUCAAACGGGAGAUCCGCAGGUCGUCCCGACUGACAUGUUUUGGCUGUAAAAAGAAGGGGGCAUGUGUUGGCUGCAACGUCCGAAGCUGCCGGCGGAUGGUUCACUUCCCCUGUGGGCGGAAACAGAUGUUCAUCUCGCAGUUUACUGGCUUGUUCCCGUCUUACUGUCGGGAUCACAGUCCAUCUCAGUCGAUUUGUGUGGCGUCAGACAUCAGUCUGCCUCAGUCUUGUUCCAUCUGUUUAGAUUCCAUUGAGCCUCUUUUGUCCUACUCUGUCCUCAAGUGUCCAUCUUGUCACACCAGCUGGUUCCACAGAGACUGUGUGCAGGUAGUACAUCGUCAGGCUCACAGUGCAGGCCUCUUCUUCUUCAGAUGUACUCUCUGUAAUAACAAAGAGAAUUUCCAGGAGGACAUGAUCCGGAUGGGAAUAUACAUCCCAGAGAGAGAUGCUUCAUGGGAGUUGGAAGCAAACGCGUAUUCAGACCUUUUGGAGGUUUACAACUAUUGUGACUCUGUCACCUGCCUCUGCGAGAGUGGGCGCGCACAUUCUGCCAAGAGUGGUUGGUUUGAGGUGAUUCGGUGCCGGCUCUGUGGAUCAAAGGGGACUCACCGAAAAUGUUGUGGGCUGAAACUGGACACGAGAGACUGGGCCUGCGGGGACUGUACAAAGGCCACCGAUGGGAAAGCUUCCCUGGUCACGACACCUCAGAAAGGUCAGAGGAGAAACCUACUGUCCAAGCGGCAUCUCUCCCCCAUUUACUCGUCGGUCAGCUGUAAAAGACCUUCUUUACCUGCAACGUCUGGAUCCCCCGAGGAGCUCCUUCAGCCUUUAGUUGACCGGCUUCAGCCGGUCACCGUAACAGUGGAGGUGAAUGACGACCAGGCUCUGUCGGCUGCUCUGGAGCUGGUGGCGAGGGCCGACUUCGAUCCCACACACGCUCUGUCCAUCAGGUUCAUAGAAGAGCAGCCAAUCGCAUUUCCCAGCAGCCUCACCGACCCGAACACAGCCAGGCAGUACUUCUUUAAACUGCUGAUGCAGCAGAUCCAGGAAUCCGUAGUGUUUGAAGGUCCUUGUGGGUCCAAAAACCUGGCUCUAGACUCCCAGGCUCUGCGAGAGGACCUUUACUUUGACGUCGGCUGUCUGCUCGCUCUCUCUCUGGUCCACGGCGGCCCAUCUGUUGGCUUCUUCUCCCGCGCCCUCUAUCAGUGUCUGUUCAACUAUCCGGCCAACUGCCCGCUCAGGAUUGAGCACAUGACGCCGGACACACUCUGCGCCCGCACAGUUACUCGGAUCGCACAGGCAGAGUCUUUAGAUGAUCUGAGGGAAGUCAUGAUGGUGAGCAGGGAGUACCUGGAGCUGGCUGGCUGCAACGGACCAAUCAGCAGCCUGGAGGACAGAAAGUCUCUGGUGGAGGAUCUUAUCAGUUUCACAAUGAUCACCAGGAUGCAGCUGCCACUGCAAAGGUUUCGUGAGGGUCUGCAGACUUUGGGUGUGUUUGAUCAGGUCCAGCUCUUCCCGUCCGUCUUCUCCGGCGUUUUCUGCGAGGCUGCUGACAGUCUCACAGCUCACACUCUGGGCCAGCUGUUCACCGUGGGCUUUUCUGAGCGGGAGGAAAAGCUGAAACAAGAGAAGGCCGUCAUCAGGUUCUGGGAAAACUUCCUGCUGGAGUGUGAAGCUGGAAGGAGCUCCAUCUCCCUGCAGGACGUCCUUUGCUUUACCACUGGAGCUGAGGAGCUGCCGCCUGUUGGCCUCAGCCCCCCUCCCUCCAUUCUCUUCCAUUACCAUCCCAACCCCUCCCGGCAAGGAUCCAAACGGGAAGAGGAUGAAGAGUGGAGUGACAACGGGCUUUUCCCCCAGAGCAAGCCAGAGUCCAGAGUCCUCCUCUUGCCCGUCACAUCCUCCUACCAGGCUUUUAAAAGCUCUAUGGAGCAGGCCAUCAGCCACCAUGCUCACCUCCUUCCCUCAGAGAGUUAG